UCCAAUAUGGCGUCUCCAGCGAAGCAGGCAAGAUCCUCGAAAUCUUACAAUUUACACGAAGUUUUAGCUUUACUAGACGAAGAAGACAACGAAAUUGAGAUUGAUAGUGGUCCUGAAGGAAUAUCAAGUAGCRAGGAGAGUGAUUUAGAUCGACAAUUACGAAAUUCUUCUGACGAUUCAAGCGAUGGAGGACAAGACAGUGACUAUGAACCCGAUACAAAUGCUGAUGAUUCUCUUAGCGAUCCUGGGUCCUCAAGUGGUAAUGAAAGCAAUGUUUCCAGUGAUGAAACUUCUCAAGGUGGUCCAAAUCGUCCAAAUCAGGUUCAUGGAAGAGGUCGUGGACGUGGACGUGGCAAAAGCAGAGGACGUGGAAGAGGCUAUGGACAAGGACGUGGUCGAAAUGGUGGACGUAGGCUGAGUGGCCAUGUAAUGCAAGCAGACCAACAACGGCCUUCAAAAAGCUACAAUGACCCUGAUGUAGGUAAUGUCAUGCCACCUUUUGCACCUAAUCGUCCACCAGGAGUACACUUUGGUCAAGUUCUUCUGAGGAACGGCAUGACAACAGCACUAGAGUUUUUUCAGCUAUUCUUUUCAUUAGAGAUGAUUACAGAAAUUUGCAACCACACAAAUAGCUAUGCUUAUGAGCAUAUAACUGCAGGAACUCACCAGUCUUACUGCAGUCCUGAUGGUAGCUGGCAAGAAACGACUCCUGAAGAAAUCAAGAGAUUGAUUGCAAUUAUUAUUUACUUUGGCCUUGUCAGAKUGGGCUCGCAUGUUGACAAGUACUGGAGUACAAAGACCCUUUACCAUGGUCUUUGGGCAAGGUCAAUCAUGCCAAGGAUAAGAUUUAGGGCACUUAUGGCCUUCUUGCAWGUAGUUGAUCCAGCAACUGAGGCACCUGGUAAUAAGCUAAGAAAAGUCCAGUCCUUUAUUGACUCAUUCAAAGCAAAAUGCAAGAGUUUGUAUCAGCCCAAACAAAAUAUUGCUGUCGAUGAAAGAAUGGUAAAAUCUAAGCACAGGUCAGGUAUACGGCAGUAUAUCAAAGACAAGCCAACCAAAUGGGGCAUAAAGUUAUGGGUUUUAGCUGAUAGCAGCAAUGGCUACACAGUUGAUUUUGAUGUGUACAUUGGAAAGACAGCAGGAAGACAAGUCAGUGUUAAUGGUCUUGGUUAUGAUGUUGUCAUGAACUUGAUUCAACCCUUUGUCAACCAAGGGUACCACUUGUUUUUUGACAAUUUUUAUACAUCAGUGAAACUUAUAAAAGAUUUAUUUGUCUUGGGAACACCAGCAGCAGGCACAGUUUCAGAGAAUCGCAUUGGAUUUCCUCAGUCACUAGAGAAUGGCAAGAAGUGGGCAAAGAAAUUAGAGAGAGGCAGUAUGAGAUGGGAGAGGGAUGGUCCAUGCCUGGCUUUGCAGUGGAAAGACAAUAAAGUGGUUUCCAUGCUCACCACAAUUGACAAUGCUAAUGAACAUGGGCAGGCCACAAGAAAGACCAAAACAAACAAUGUAUGGCAAGAAAUCACUGUGCUACAGCCACAUGCAAUAAAAAGAUAUAAUAUGUAUAUGAAUGCGGUGGAUCGCUCUGAUCAAAUUAAACUAUAA